AGAGAGGAAAGAGAUAAGACAGAAAGAAAGGGAGAGAGCAAAGGAGGAGGCUAGAGAAAGAGAGGACCUGCAAAAAGAAGUUGAAAGACUUAAACAGAAUGCGAGACAAAGAGAGAUAGAAAGUCAACAAGAAAAGGACAGACUGGAGGAAGAAGAGAGACGGAAAGAACUGGAAAAGGAGAGACAGGAGGCCAAACAAAAAGAGGAUCUUAAGAAGGAAAUUGAAAGACUUAAAGAGAUUUCAAGACAAAGAGAUAUUGAAAGUCAACAAGGAAAGGAGAGACUAGAGGAAAAGAGACAAAAAGAGAUGGAGAAAACAAGAGAGGAGACAAGAGAAAAAGAGGCACUUCAGAGGGAACUUGAAAAAAAGAGAGAGACAGAGAUGAAGCUCAAACAGAAGAGAGAAGAGGAGGAAAAGGAACUGAAAAAGAUGGAGCAAGAAAUUGAGGCGGCUAGACAAAACGAAGACAGAAAGAGUGUAACUGAGAGAUCUGAAGCGAAUACAAGACAAAGAGAGACUGAGAUAAAGGAAGAACAGCUGAAGAGAGAGAGGAAAGAGAAAAGACAUAAAGAAAGGGAGAGAGCAAAGGAGGAGGCUAGACAAAAAGAGGACCUGGACAGGGAACAUGAAAGACCUAAAGAGAAUGAGAGACAGAAAGAGGCUGAAAGACAGCAAGAGCAGAAAAGACUAAAGGAGAAGGCAGAGAGACAGAGAGAACUACAAAGAGAGAGAGAGGAGGCUAGACAAAGAGAGGACCUGCAAAAAGAAGUUGAAAGACUUAAACAGAAUGCGAGACAAAGAGAGAUAGAAAGUCAACAAGAAAAGGACAGACUGGAGGAAGAAGAGAGACGGAAAGAACUGGAAAAGGAGAGACAGGAGGCCAAACAAAAAGAGGAUCUUAAGAAGGAAAUUGAAAGACUUAAAGAGAUUUCAAGACAAAGAGAGAUUGAAACUCAACAAGAAAAGGAGAGACUAGAGGAAAAGAGACAAAAAGAGAUGGAGAAAACAAGAGAGGAGACAAGAGAAAAAGAGGCACUUCAGAGGGAACUUGAAAAAAAGAGAGAGACAGAAAGAAAGCACAAGCAUGAAAGACAGGAAGUGGAUCAGAGGCAUAUAGAACAAGAGAGUGAGGAAGUAAGACGUAAAGGGUUAGAAGAAGGCCUGCCGAAGAAAUCCGAAAGACGUCAAGAAAAUGAGAGGGGGAGAGACAUUGAAAGACUGCAAGUACAUGAAAAGUAUCCGUUGAGACAGACCGAGUCCCUGCAGCGGGAACUUGAAGAUGACACCCCGGAACUUGUCCGAUGCACAAAGGCUGCUGGACCGAGGAUCGCUGAGCAAGAAAUGGAAGAUACAAAACCUAGAAAAGAGGUGGAAAUAUCAGAGGAGAGAGUCAAGGAAGAGAGACAGAGGGAGGUGGGAAUAAUACGACAAAACGAUGAAAACCAGCAGCGAGAGAUUCAACAGAAAUUGCCAAUCGAGGAAGACAUGGGUGAGGGAAAAGAAAUGAAACAAACUGAGAACGAGAGGGAACAGGAAAGACAACGGCUGGAGACUGAAAGACAAGACGAGGAGCGAAAAAGACAGAUGGAAAUUCAAAUGGAGGACAGGAGGCAAAGAGAGGAGAAGAGGAAAGCUUUAGAGCUGAUAUGGAGACAAAAAGGAGACAGGAGAUGGAAAGAGAAAGAAUUGAAGAGACAGAAAGAGCUUGAGAAAAAAGCAGCGGAAGUGCUAAAACAACCCGAGGAGAAAGGCGAAAAAGAGAAAUUGAGGGAGGAGGAAGAAAAAGAGAAGGAAAGACUAAGAGAGAUGGAUAAAAUACAGUUGGCCAAGUUGUUCGACAUGAAAGAGAAAGCUACAGACAACUAUUGGCUCCAAAAAGCAUUCGACUUACAAAUAGAUUUAGUCAAAGAUAGGGAGAAAAUUAUGACAGAGGAUAAGAAAAUGAAAGAGUUAGAGAAGAGAUGGGAGGAGGAAGACAAACAACGGAAGGCUUGCCAACAACCCUUCGAUGCAGAGGCAAGUAAAGUGUGGGAAGAGAAUCUGCGACGGGCAGUCAAGAGGAGAACGGAGAGAAAAGCUGGGAGACUCGUCGAGCUGAAGAGGCAGCAGAACAUUCAAAAGGAGCAGAGACAACAAGUAAAAGAGGAUGAAAUAAUACCGAAAAUCACAGAAGAGAAGGUUACGGAGGAAAGUGCCUGUGAGGAUGAGUCAAAGGAGCCAGAGAAGGAAGGAUCAGUGGAGGAGUCAGGGAGGAAAGAGUCAGAGAAGGAAGAGUCAGUGGAGGAGUCAGGGAGGAAAGAGUCAGAGAAGGAAGAGUCAGUGGAGGAGUCAGGGAGGAAAGAGUCAGAGAAGGAAGAGUCAGUGGAGGAGUCAGGGAGGAAAGAGUCAGAAAAGAAAGAGUCAGUGGAGUCAGAGAGGAAGGAGUCAGAGAGGAAAGAGUCAGAGAAGGAAGAGUCAGUGGAGGAGUCAGAGACAAGUAAGAACAUUUUCACUUCUCCCGAUCUUGUGAUGUGAAAGUAUAGUAUGUGAUCUCUAUAACGCUCGGAAUGUCAACUUGGCAAAGUGCAGGAAAAGUACAUUCCAUUUCACUAUGGCAAUUUACCAAAAAUGUAAGAUGUGUAAGUCAUGUUACAAUUUCUUCAUUAAGAAACAAUUGUAGGUUUGAUAUGAGGAUAUUCAGUAUACUAUAGACCAUGUAGAAAUAUGUUGUGCUUGUCUCUUCCAAACAGAGAAAAAGAAGAAGGGUGGUUUCUUCAAGAAGCUCGCGACGUUUUUCCAAAGAAAAGAUCGUAAAAAACGGGAGAAGGUUAUGGAUAAAAGAGUCUGUGAGGAUGAGUCAGAGGAGUCAGAGGGAGAAGAGUCAGAAGGAGAAGAGUCAGAGGGAGAAGAGUCAGAUGGAGAUGAGUCAGAGGAAGGGUCAGAGGAAGGGUCAGAGGAAGGGUCAGAGGAAGGGUCAGAGGAAGGGUCAGAGGAUGAGUCAGAGGAAGAGUCAGAGACAAGUAAGAACAUUAUAAAACUAGUCACUUCUCCCAGAUCUUGUGAUGUGAAAGUAUAGUAUGUGAUCUCUAUAACGCUCGGAAUGUCAACCUGGCAAAGUGCAGCAAAAGUAGGCACUAUGGAAAUUUACCAAAAACGUAAGAUGUGUAAGCAAUGUUAGAAUUUCUUCAUUAAGAAACCAUUGUAGGUUUGAUAUGUUGAUAUGUAAUUAUUAUGUGUACUUUAGACCAUGUAGAAAUAUUUUAUGCUUGUCUCUUGCAAACAGAGAAAAAGAAGAAAGGUGGUUUCUGGAACAAGAUCUUGCACUUCUGGGAAAUCAAAAAUCAGAAAAAGGAGGAAGAGGAAAGGAGAGCCAAACUGUUAGCGUUUGCAAACUAUGUGGAUGGUUUACAAAAGGCCAACAAACAAGAUGUAGCCUAACCCAGGGUUACAGGGCACACAUUUAUUAAAAUGUAAAAGAAAAUGAUUUAUAACAAGUAACAAAUAAAUAACUAU